CCUCUUCGUCUCUUGCCCUCCAAUUUUACCUUCCAUUUUCUACUUAUCUCCCCCCCACCUUGCUAUCCGUGAACCAAACGUUAUCUCACUUCGUCUUUGCUUUGUAUGCACAUACCCUUUACAAAGUUCUUCAUAAAUCUUCAUUUUACUCUUCCAUAAGCAGAAAAGGUGCCUUUUUUUUACACUUCUUCUGAGACUUUCUGUGCUGUGCUGCCAUGGCUGUGACACACUUCAACCCCACUUGCUCAAAACCCCGUCUUCACUCAUCCCAGCUCUCUUUCCUAUCAAGGACUCUCCCCAUACACCGCCACUGUUCUUUUGCGCCACUUCAUAGAACUCAACAUGCUAGGAUUUCCUGCUCUGUUGCCCCGAAUGAAGUGCAGGUGCCAGCUGUGACAACCCUGGAUCCUAAGGGUAAGGCUGAGUGCUAUGGUGUCUUCUGCCUUACCUAUGAUUUGAGGGCUGAAGAAGAGACAAGAUCCUGGAAGAAAUUAAUUAACAUUGCAGUGUCAGGUGCUGCUGGAAUGAUUGCAAAUCAUCUACUUUUCAAACUUGCAUCUGGUGAAGUUUUUGGUCCUGAUCAACCUGUUGCUCUCAAGUUACUGGGAUCAGAACGGUCAAUCCAAGCUCUUGAAGGUGUUGCAAUGGAACUGGAGGACUCUUUGUUUCCUUUGUUAAGGGAGGUGAGUAUUGGUAUUGAUCCUUAUGAAGUGUUCCAAGAUGCAGAAUGGGCUCUGCUAAUAGGUGCAAAGCCUCGAGGACCUGGAAUGGAGCGAGCAGACUUGUUAGACAUAAAUGGACAGAUUUAUGCAGCGCAGGGAAGAGCACUAAAUGCCGUGGCCUCCCGCAAUGUCAAAGUUAUAGUAGUGGGAAACCCUUGCAAUACAAAUGCAUUAAUAUGCUUGAAGAAUGCUCCUAACAUUCCUGCAAAAAAUUUCCAUGCUUUGACUCGCUUAGACGAGAACAGAGCAAAAUGUCAGCUAGCCCUCAAGGCAGGUGUCUUCUAUGAUAAAGUGUCAAAUGUGACAAUAUGGGGAAACCACUCAACUACUCAGGUCCCCGACUUCUUAAAUGCUAAAAUUGAUGGUUUGCCAGUCAAAGAGGUGGUUAAGGAUCAUAGGUGGUUGGAGGAAGAGUUCACUGAAAAGGUUCAAAAGAGAGGUGGUGCACUUAUUCAAAAAUGGGGAAGAUCAUCGGCAGCAUCAACUUCUGUAUCAAUUGUUGAUGCCAUCCGAUCUUUAGUAACUCCUACUCCUGAGGGUGAUUGGUUUUCUUCUGGUGUAUAUAGCAAUGGAAAUCCUUAUGGAAUAGCUGAGGGUAUUGUUUUCAGUAUGCCAUGUCGAUCAAAGGGCGAUGGUGAUUACGAACUUGUGAAGGAUGUCAUAUUUGAUGACUACCUCCGGCAGCGGAUAAAAAAGACUGAAGCUGAGUUGUUGGCUGAGAAGAGAUGUGUGGCUCACCUAACGGGCGAGGGAAUUGCUGUUUGUGAUCUACCUGGUGAUACCAUGCUCCCAGGAGAAAUGUAACAAGCCUUCCUCCUUAAUGCCAAAGCAGAUACUGAAAUUGGUGUCUUAUAAGGUACUAGUUAGGGAAUCAAUAAAUACAAUGUUUUUAUUGUGAAUCAUGAUGGGAUACCUUGGUAAGUUUUAUAUUUAUCUCUAAAAAGAGUCCAUUUUGAUUCCUUAACAAGUGGCUUAGGACAUGGGUUAGCAUUCUCUUGUUGGAAUAAAAUCACAAUAAUUGAUGUAGAAGUAUGGGAUAUGAAUGUAAGAAAUGAAUAAGUAAUAUCAAUAAGAAGAGUUUGGAAACA